CUUUUCUGGUGACGUCAUGUAAAUGUGGAAAUCAGGCGUCAGCUCGGAAACACAUUGCCCGCAUGUCGUCAUUUCUUCGGUUGUAGAUGGGUGGCGGCUGAAGAAGAGUAAUUUAAAGGUUGCGGCUCACCUUGAAACGACGAUAUAAAAGCUGUGGUCUGUUUUGCGCCUGUGUAUUUGGUUUGAAUUGUGUGUUUGCUAGCCUGUUAGCUAGCGGCGAUGUCAUUUUCACCAUAGCCAACUUUUCAUGUCCUCGGAAUGCAUUUGUUUUGAGUUCUAUCAUUCGUUCAUUUAUCACAAUUUCUGUGUAUUUAUAGUCUAGAAUAAGGUUCAUGGAAAGGAGGAGUGUAGCGUUAAAAUUUCUUUGGAUGGACUGAACUCUUGGCUUGUAAAAGGAUGAGUCAUACAUGGUGUCUCAGUGCCUGUCUUAAACCAAACAGAACGUUUUACUUAUGGAGCCCUUGCAAAUCAGCAUCCUCACAAUUUCCCUUCUCAGGUACCUUGCACUGUUCCCUCCAUGUCCAGCAUCCUCCUUGCAGGAAGGUGAUCCUCCUCAGCCAGAAGCACGUCCUUCACUCGCGGCUCCGGGCUCAGAAGGAACGCCUGUGCAGGGCUAACCAAGUUGUGAGACAGAAGCUCGGGCUCCACACCAGUGGUCUGCAUUUGAACACUUCAGCAUCACGUUGGUCCACGGGCCUCAGCCAGCACAUGUCUCGGGUAAAGAACACAUUGGACACAGUUUCCAAAGCUGUGACCCAAACCAACCUCCUCUCCAAGAUUGCCCGGCUCAAAACAAACAAAGGUGGCAAAAAUGUGGCAUCGACUACUGAAUCGAAAAUUGUGGAAAUCACUCCGGUUUCUCCAGCUGCUCCCAAGAAUCAAGUGAGUCUGCCAUGCAGUCCUUCGAGUCAGACAUCUGUGGCUAAACUGGAGGGUGGUGCCACGGCUCCCUCACCUCCCCAACCUCGUAACACCUCGCAAGCGAGCGCCACUGCUGCCAUUGUGGCCGCGCGGGAAGUAAGGGAGAAAAAACUGCAGCGUGUCAACGCCACCGUCAAGCCAGAGGAGCCUCAGCAGUCAUCUGGUGAGAGUGGGACUCUGUCUUCCAAACAACCCACUGCACUUUUUCACCCCAGCACAUUUUCAGUAAACCUGGAUGAAACCUACAACUACCUCGCCCACCACAUCAAUUCCUACUUUGGGAGCAUUACACAGAAAAAAGACGUGGACAACCAUGCUGAUGUAGCAUCUAAUCCCCCCUCUCAGGUUCUAAAAAUGAGUGAUUCCUUGUCCAAUAAACCAGAUCAUAUUCCUCCUACUGCACCCACUUCGUCCAAGAAAGGUCUCAGUCACUACCUGUCCUAUUCCGCUCCCACCGUGCAAGCUUUUGUGGGUAGCUACAUCGCCCCCUUGGUCCCCAAGUUCAGGACAGGGGAGACCAAAAGUGCCACGGAUGAAGUCAAGAAGCUGCAGGAUGAGCCGGUGAAGCAGGUGGAGAAAGCUGUCAGUACAGAGCAUAAAGCGGCAGAGGAGAAGGCCAAGAAACUUCUGGUCCAAAGGGAAAAGAUCAUCGCCAGGGUGAGCGUAGACAAUCGAACCCGGGCACUGGUCCAGGCGCUCCACAGGGCCACCGACGUAAGGGUAUACAUCAGCAGGGUGGAGGACCUCAGCUACCACCUGCUGGAGUUUCCCGAAACAUGUGGGGUUGCCGUCAAGGAGAAGGUAAUCCCCUGCCUGCUGCGUCUGCAACAGGCCAGUGACCCUGGAUUGAGGGAAGCGGUCAGAGAAGCUCUUGCUCUGGUGGGCUACCAUAAACCCGUGAAAGGCCGCGGCAUACGCAUCCUGUCCAUAGAUGGGGGAGGCUUAAGGGGACUUCUUGCCCUUCAGACUUUGCACAAGUUGGAGGCCUUGACCGGCAAACCGAUUUACAAACUCUUUGAUUAUAUUUGUGGUGUCAGCACAGGUGCAAUCCUGGGGUUCAUGCUGGGUAUUUUCCAACUCCCACCAAGCGAGUGUGAUGACCUCUACCGCAAGUUGGGCUCGGACGUUUUCAAGCAGAACGUGAUUGUCGGCACAGUGAAGAUGGGCUGGAGUCACGCUUUCUAUGACAGCGAAGCCUGGGAGAGCAUGCUCAAGGAGAAAAUGGGCUCGCACCUCCUAGUGGAGACUUCUAGAAACCCUGAAUGUCCCAAAGUGGCAGCGGUGAGUGCCAUCGUGAACCGAGGCACUCCUCUCAAGGCCUACGUGUUCAGGAAUUACAACCUGCUGCCGGGCGUGCGCUCCCACUACCUGGGGGGCUGUCAACACCAGCUCUGGCAGGCCAUCCGAGCCACAUCGGCGGCCCCCGGGUAUUUCCAGGAGUUCCCGUUAGGGAGUGAUCUCCACCAGGACGGAGGUUUGCUCAUCAACAACCCCACCGCGCUGGCCAUCCAUGAAUCCAAGUGUCUGUGGCCCAACACGCCCUUGGAGUGUGUGGUUUCGGUGGGCACGGGUCGCUUUGAAACGGCGGGCAAGAGCAACAGCGGCACAUACACAAGCCUUAAAACCAAAAUCAACAAUGUCAUCAGCAGCGCCACAGACACCGAGGAGGUCCACGCCAUGCUGGACAGCUUCCUGCCCGCUGACGCGUAUUUCCGCUUCAACCCGUACGUGAGCGAGGACAUCGCCAUUGACGACAACCGGCAGGAGAAGAUGGCCCUGCUUCAGGCCGAGGGCUUCCGCUACCUGGAGAGGAAUGAGGAGAAGCUGAGGAAGGCGGCUGCCAUCCUCACCAGAGAGAAGGGCUCCAUGCGGAGGUUGGCAGACUGGGUCAGGACCAGGGCGGACAUGUAUAACUUUAUUUCCUUGAAUUCCAUUAGGUUUUAGCCACAGCAACAACAACAACAAAACACCUUUUACCUCACACAUGGAGACUUCCUUUCCUUCUACGACGCUUGGAACUGGAGCCUCAGGUUUUGUUUAUGACGUCACCCUAAGCGCACCCCACAUUUCAUAGUGUAGCAUCCCUGCAUGAGUAUCGCGUCCACUGGUUUAUUUGUGUUCUCCUUGGUGCUGCUAAGCUGCAUGGCACUAAUUCAAACAAAUGGGAACUUAACUUUUUUUUUUUUUUAAGCUAGCUUUCUAGAUUGUUUUAACUUCGGUGAACACUGUUUUCGUAACUAUCGUCUGCCUCAUUAAAACAGUUCAUUUUAACAAUCUGUUUUAAAUGGAUACACAAAUACCGAAAUCUGAAAUCGUUUGUUUGUU